AUGGUGCUCUGGGUUUUUGGCUAUGCCUCAUUGAUUUGGAACCCAGUUUUUGAAUUUGAUGAGAAGGUGAUUGGGUUCAUUAAGGACUACAGGCGUGUGUUUGAUCUUGCCUGCAUUGAUCACAGAGGCACCCCUGAGCACCCUGCAAGAACAUGCACCUUGGAAAAGAUCGAAGGAGCUAUAUGCUACCUCGAACGAAGAGAAUGCGAAUACGACCAGAAAACCUUGGUGGAUUUCUUCAAGGAAGGUGAACUCGAGCAUCCCUUGGCGAAUGGUGUGAUUGUGUUCACGUCUACACCCGACAAGAUAUCGAACAAGUACUAUUUGGGCCCGGCGCCUAUAGAAAUCAUGGCUAGGCAAAUAGCAAUGGCUUUUGGACCGUUUGGAAACAACAAAGAUUACCUCUUUUUAUUGGAGAAGGCCAUGUUUGAUAUAGGUCAUGAGGAUGACUACAUUAUCGAGCUGGCGGAUGAGGUCCGGAAGGUUCUUGCAGAGAUUGGAGCUGUUCUGAAGGAGAAUACUAAGCUUCCGGGCUCAGCUGACGUGUCACUAAAAUCGAGCCUUUCGCCCGUUAAGUUGGGCCCGCCGGGCCAUUGUGUUGGAUUCUUAACUGCUGCUAACAAUAGUUGA